AUGGCAAAAAUGAGAUGCGCCGCCAUCAUAAUCCAGCGCCGGUUCAGGGCCUCUGUGUUGGGAGACGCGGAAAGGCAAAUGUUUGCGAGGAUGAGACGCGCCGCCACGACCAUACAGGCGGCUUAUCGUGGACAAGCGGCUCGGGAGUCGCUGAAAAGGCGGCACAAGUCGUCAACGGUGAUCCAGGCAGCUUUCAGGAUGCACGCGGCCCGACGGCACUACCUCGCCGUGAGAAAAGCUGCAGCUGUGAUUCAGCGGAAGUACAGAGCCGCCGUUCUGGCCCUCGAGACGAAGAAGGAUUACGAUGCUCUCAGGAACGCGGCGCUUGUCAUACAGGCUAACUGGAGAGGCCGAGCCGACAGGAAGGCGAUGGAGGAGCGAUGCGCAGCGCGGCGGUCAUCGUCCAGGCCGCUCACAGAGGUCAGCGGGUCAGACGGCAGGUUGCCCGCUGGCAUCAGGCUGCCACUGUGAUCCAGU